AUGCAUAGCACCACGCCUAUCGCCAUCGUUGUCACGACAGCACUCUUUGCAGUUGCAUUCGCAGGACAUAUACCUCACGGGCACGCCUCCAGCUACGCUUCGGUGCAGCAACACUUUGACGUCCAUCAUCAUGGUAAUCACGGAUAUGGCAGCCACACUCACCAUCAGCACGUCCAUCAUCACGAACCCCAUCAUCAUCCCAAAUACGAGUUCAAAUAUGGCGUAAAGGACGCACACACCGGUGAUCAUAAGAGUCAAUGGGAGCACCGUGAUGGCGAUCAUGUGAAAGGUGGCUACACUUUUGCGGAAGCUGAUGGCACCAUACGCGUUGUGGAGUACACAGCUGAUAAACAUAAAGGUUUCCAAGCUGUUGUUAAGAGAAUCGGGCAUGCCCACCAUCCUCAAGCUUAUUCGCACGUCGUUCAUGGUCACAUUUGA